UGUCAGGACAUAUUCUGUUGUCCGAUGACAGCCCAGUGCUGUCUCCAGACAUUCUGCGAGGAAUGCAUCACUAAUUGGCUCAAAAACAAUACUACCUGUCCUUACGAUCGCAAGACAUUGACUCCCAAAGACUUGUCACGACCACCCAGAGUUUUGAUGAAUAUGUUGGGAAAACUGAAAAUCCGAUGCGAUUUCAAAGACAAGGGCUGCAAAGAAGUGGUCAAUUUGGAGGACCUGACCCAACAUGCGGUCAAAUGUAAAUAUAAUGUGGAGACAAAGUCGGGCCACGACUGUAUCAAAUCAUUGCUUGAAUUGAACCGUAAGGCUAAUGAGGAAAUCAAUGCAUUAAAACGCAAUCCAUUGCCCACUAGUCCUCCCAUCAGACAACCAGCACCGGCACCACCACCAGUGGCUGCAGUACCGGCCAGACCCGAUCUGUCCAACAGUCCUGUUAUUAGACCUACCAGUGCUGUCAGUGCUACUAAUAAUCAAAGACUAUCGCAAAGUGAUCCAAAGCCUCCAAUCACGUCAUCACCAGAGUCUUCGAGAUCCAUAAAACACAAUUCGUAUUUUAACGCACAAUCACUGAAACAUCGGUUUAAAAACGGGAAAAUCAAGCGAGAGAUUCAGAUAUUGCGGACGGAUAUGAAACAGAGUAUGAUAUCCGACGUCAAAAAGAUAACAUUCGCGGCCAUCGAGAAGUCCGACACAUUGGCCGCCAUCUCGACCGAGAUUAAGACCCAAAUGGAGAAGCGAUACCCGGAGCACAUGUGGCAAUGUUUUAUUCAUUGCUACUUCGGGGUGUUUCGCAUUCACCACACGUGCGGCACAUUCAUCAGUUUUGAGGUGGGAGGACAGCUAACUGUAACCCUAUUCCAGUCAAACACCUCCUAAUUUUUAUAUUAUACUACAUUUUAUACCAAAUGCGUGAACAAGUAUUUAUUGAUAAUCUGUAUUACAAAGUUUUGCAUUUUUGCCCGAUAUUCAGUUAUACUUAUGACUUAAAACAGAGUUUUAUAAGCGGUACAAAAUUAUUUGUGCAUUUUUAAUUUUUACCGUAUUAUAUUAUAUAAACACUAUUUAUACCGUA